AACAUAUCGAAGGAAAUUUUAAGCGUGGCUAGUCAGGGAACCAACAAAAGGUAAUUAAAUUGCCGUAAUUUUAUCAUUCAAACACGCCCAAUAAAUGCAGUCGUUAAUUGCGUAAAUAUUGUGCAAUAUUCGUCGGAUCGUAAGACGUGAAGAAAGUGCUUGGAAGUGCAACAAAUUUGUGAAAAUGAGUAGCUCCGAGGAGAUCUCUUGGAUAUCCUGGUUUUGUGGUCUUCGCGGAAAUGAAUUCUUUUGUGAGGUUGACGAGGAUUACAUCCAAGACAAAUUCAAUUUAACUGGACUCAAUGAACAAGUACCGAACUAUAGACAAGCAUUGGACAUGCUGCUUGAUCUAGAGCCAGAGGAUGAAUUAGACGAAAAUCCUAACCAAUCAGAUCUCAUCGAACAGGCUGCUGAAAUGCUGUACGGACUCAUUCAUGCUAGAUACAUCCUAACAAAUCGUGGCAUUGGUCAAAUGAUAGAGAAAUACCAAAGUGGCGAUUUCGGACACUGUCCACGAGUCUAUUGCGAGAGUCAGCCCAUGCUUCCCUUAGGUUUGUCGGACAUUCCCGGCGAGGCAAUGGUAAAAUCAUACUGCCCGAAAUGCAUCGACGUUUAUACUCCUAAGUCAUCGCGACAUCAUCACACUGAUGGGGCGUACUUUGGUACGGGUUUUCCACACAUGUUAUUUAUGGUUCAUCCAGAAUACCGUCCGAAACGCCCUACGAACCAAUUCGUUCCAAGAUUAUAUGGCUUCAAGAUUCAUUCCCUAGCGUAUCAAAUUCAGUUACAAGCAGCUGCCAACUUUAAAAUUCCACUACGAGGGGUAAAUUUUAAAAAUGGAAAUCGCAGCUUCUUACAAAAUUGAAUUUAAUAAAUUUUGGAAUUGGACCAAGCUGACACCGAAAAACAAAAAAAAAUUAAAUUUUUUUUUCAUUUAAAUAGUAAAAAGAAAUCAUGAGAUAUUUGUAUUUUCUACACGACUGCGCAACACAAGAAAUCAACACGAGAGAUACAAAAACAACAACAUCAACAUCAAGCAGCAGACAACCGCAAAAUGAUUAUAAAUUAAAAAGUUUAAAUUAAACAAACAAACAAAACAAAAAGAAGCAAACGAAAAUUUAAAAAGAAUAAAAAUUGAAAAUGAUGUGAGUCAUCAUAGUGUGUGAAUAAAGAGAAAAUAAAAAUGAUUUAAAAAUUCAGUUCUUGUUAUCAAAUAUAAUUUAAAAAAAAAAAUUAAAAGUAAAGAGAAAAGAAAAUGGCGAAAAAGGGUUACUAACUAUGUUGAGUGUCCCUAGUUUAAAUUAAACAAAAAAAAAUAAUUAUUUUUAUUCAAAUUAAUUUUCUUUGAAUAAAUGAAAUUCAAGCAAACAAAAAAGGAACACGUUAAAGGAGCUGAAUAUUCAAACAAACAAUUGAAAAUUCAAAUGACCCCCUUCAUCCCGAGGUUUUUUGCUAAUGUGAACCAACAAUAAUUUCAAUUAAAAAAUUUCCUUUCCCCUACCUAUACAAAUCCUUCUGAUGACAACAAAAGGAAAGAAAGCAGAAGAAAUACCAUCGUCAAAUACCAACAUAGUGUUUUGCAUUACUAUUACUAUACAUUACCACCCAACGGGAAAAGGAUGUUAAAUUAGGGCAAUAUUUAUACAAAAAUAAAAUCGGUUGAGUUGGUAUUGGUGGACGGGUUUGUCUUUUUCCCUUUCUUUUCUUCCUUUGGUUCUUCUGUUUUCUUCUUUUUAUUAAUUAAUCUUUCGUUGUUAUAUCAUUGUGAACAUAAUAACAAAAAAA